AUGGAGCAGCAAGCGAUGGAUAUUAUCGUAGCCAGUACCUGGUCUGCUAUAACGAUAUAUUCGAUAGCAGCAAAUAUUUUGAUCGUUGCUUUGGUCAGCACAAACAUCGAGCUACGAACAUUCACCAGCUACUGGAUCAUAAUUUCGUCUUCCCUAUGCGAGACAAGUUUGGCACUGAUUACUUUCUGUUAUGUGAUUCCUUCCAUCCUAUUGCAUGAUACGUUUUCCACAAUCGGGUCUACCAGUGAUCUUCUCAUGCUGUUAUUCUAUCGUCUCUUUGGAUUUUCUGAAGUUUUCCAUCUUGGAACUAUUCUCUCGCUUCUUAUACUUUCUCCAUGCUGUAAUGGAGUAUGGGACUCUUAUAACUACAUAACUUAUCUCACUAACCCAGAGUCAUGGUACAAAUAUCUGGAAUUGGGUACAACUAUAGCAGUACUUGUUGUCAUGGUCGUCUCGUAUGCUGCCGUAAUCUACCAAGUUAGAAGUAUUCACAGUCAAUUCGAGCCAGCUACAAACACUGCUUUCAACAGCAGGGAGCGAACCGCCAAAAAGGAGUUGCGCUUACUUUUUCAGUUCAUCGCUGUGUCACUGGUUUAUGUAUUUACAUGGAUAUCAUGGCAAUGGCUACCCUACGUACCACCAUCCAAAUGGGUAUUCUUCCUUUCAAUGACAUUUUCAUUGUUAAACGUGGCGGCUAAACCGACCAUUUAUCUAAUGUUUAACGAAACUUUGCGCCAGAGACUGAUUGUUAUCAGGCAUAGAUGGCACGGAUCCGCAAUUGCGACUAUCACUGCAAGACCAUCACACAUGAGAACGUACUGA